UUUCUCUUUGUGGUAUAGUUACAGUAGUGAUCAGGAAGUAACAUGUCAGGCAGAGGUAAAGGCGGUAAGGGGCUCGGGAAAGGAGGCGCCAAGCGCCACAGGAAGGUGCUGCGGGAUAACAUCCAGGGCAUCACCAAGCCUGCUAUCCGCCGUCUAGCACGGAGAGGAGGCGUGAAGCGCAUCUCCGGCCUCAUCUACGAGGAGACCCGCGGGGUGCUGAAGGUGUUUCUGGAGAACGUGAUCCGGGACGCCGUCACUUACACCGAGCACGCUAAGAGGAAGACUGUCACCGCCAUGGAUGUGGUCUAUGCUCUCAAGCGCCAGGGACGCACUCUGUAUGGCUUCGGAGAGACGUUAGCGGCAGCUCCUGUUCACUUCAUUCUUGCUUCGUUUUAUUAUAGCUCUGUAGAGUAUAGGAAAAUGGCCAGGACCAAGCAGACCGCUCGCAAGUCUACUGGAGGGAAAGCUCCCCGAAAGCAGCUGGCAACUAAAGCCGCCCGGAAGAGCGCCCCAGCUACCGGCGGUGUGAAGAAGCCUCACCGCUACCGUCCAGGGACCGUUGCUCUUCGAGAGAUCCGCCGCUACCAGAAGUCAACAGAGCUGCUGAUCCGCAAGCUGCCCUUCCAGCGGCUGGUGCGGGAGAUCGCCCAGGACUUCAAGACCGACCUGCGCUUCCAGAGCUCCGCCGUCAUGGCACUACAAGAGGCCAGCGAGGCAAAUCUGGUGGGGCUGUUCGAGGACACCAACCUAGCAAUACUACUGAACAUGUCAGGCAGAGGUAAAGGUGGAAAGGGGCUCGGGAAAGGAGGCGCUAAGCGUCACAGGAAGGUGCUGCGGGAUAACAUCCAGGGCAUCACAAAGCCUGCUAUCCGCCGUCUAGCACGGAGAGGAGGUGUGAAGCGCAUCUCCGGCCUCAUCUACGAGGAGACCCGCGGGGUGCUGAAGGUGUUUCUGGAGAACGUGAUCCGGGACGCCGUCACCUACACCGAGCACGCUAAGAGGAAGACUGUCACCGCCAUGGAUGUGGUCUAUGCUCUCAAGCGCCAGGGACGCACUCUGUAUGGCUUCGGAGGCUAAACACUGAGGCGCAUCUAAUACCAUCACCCGCACACAAAGGCCCUUUUCAGGGCCGCCCAUCUCUUCUAUGAGAGAGCUAUAACCAUGCGCCAGUAUUACUCUACACUGCUUCUCCUGACUAUACACCGGGGAGAGAACCUUAUUUGUAUUAGGUUGCGGUCUAUCCGCUCUCCAUGCAUGUAAUAUAUAGCUGAUAUACGGCCACCAUUUAAUAACGUUAUAUUCUGCAACUACUUGUAGGUAUCAGUGGUGCUCCAUAGACUUGCACAGGCUGUGCAGAUUGUUCUAAAGGUGUAUGUUCUAUUCUGGGGCGGGUUCUGUAAUCGUGUUUCUAUGAUGUCUACAUAGUAUUAGCUACUGUAACUAGUAUUGCUCAGAUGAAUAGGAGUAACUACAACAGGAGACAGACUGCUAUGGGGAUGUAUAAUUAGGUAUCUGCAUUAAAACCAAUGGUACCUUUUGGGCGCUGCUAGAUAACAAGAUCUCUGUGUUUUAAUAGACCCACAGCUGUGAGGAGGAAUGUGUGAUCUCCUAUAGAUAUAACCCUAAGAAAAUCUUCAGAAGAAAUCUACCAUAAAAAUA